UCCACUUCACCUGUUCCUCGUUCUGACACUCUCUAGCUUUCUCUAUCCCUGCAAUUACAGGUUGAUCCUCUCUGCAACAACAACAAUGAACUUCUCUGAGGAGGAAAUGGAGGGCUUCUUUGGCAGCGACUCCCACCAAGAGAACGUUAUCUUUUCUACGUUUUACAGCCUCAUUUUCAUCAUCGCUGUGCCUGGGAACGCCUUGGCACUCUGGGCCUUCUUUCACCAGGACAGCACAUCUCCAUCUCAGGUCUUCCUGAGGCACCUGUCGGUAGCAGAUAUCUCUUAUGUACUCAUUUUACCCAUGCGUAUUGUUUACCACCUGUCUGACAGCCACUGGCCUUUUGGACAUGUAUUCUGUCAACUAGCAGGCUUCCUUUUUUACUUAAACAUGUACUGCAGCCUGUACCUGAUGAGUUUCAUCAGCCUGGAUAGAUUUCUGGCUGUGGUUCUACCUAUAAAAUCACAGUCAGUCAGGAAGGCUAUCUAUGCAAAAGUAGGUGCUACCAUACUUUGGGUGACAGUUAUUGUGUCUAUGAGUCCUAUACUUUUCUCUAAAAAGAACGUGACCAUCAACUCCACUGGAAUCUGCAACAAGCUGUACUUAGAAAAGACGUCGCCCACAGCUUUAGUUUCCACUGUUGUGGCAUUUGUUAUUCCGCUCAGUACCAUAGUGGUUUCCUACAUACUGAUUCUGUUGAAACUAAGGACAGUGAAGCGACAACCAGUGAAGGACAAAGCUAUAAAAAUGAUCAUACUCAUCGUGAUGAACUUCCUGCUUGCAUUUGUGCCUUAUCAUGUGAGCAGGGUUAUCUACAUCAAAAGCCACAGUCACGGCCAUAUGACUGCGGCAAGCCUCCAGUCUCUGGGAAGAGCCAAUCGGAUCACAUCUGCACUGACCUGUAUUAGUGGCAUACUGGAUCCUGUGAUGUAUUUCUUCCUGAACAAUGCAUACAGGGACAAAUUGCUUCAACUGUUCUGUAAAAACAGGCAAGAGGAUCAAUAAGUGAUAUAUGUCACGUAGACAAUACUUUUUCUUUUUUUAAUAAAUUGUCCUUUUUUUUAUCAUUGUAAGAAAGGUGUUCUGACAUUCAACUUUGGCAUAAUACUGUAUAUUCAUGUGAUCUCUAAGAUGUAGGAGUACAAAGUAAUCAAAGUUAUACAUAUCUAUAUCCAACUAUAUCUAUAUCUAUAUAUCAUUUAAAAAAAUAUAUGACUACGCUUGAAACCUUGAUGCAGUCAGGAGUCAAGUCUGAUACCCGCUUCAUGAGGUACUUAUGAAGCGGGUUUAGUCGUACAAUUUCUACAUACCUGUCUACAACUAUUGCUAUUGCUACUAUAGAAAAAUAAUUAUAGCAUAAUUUUAGAUAUUCGAGGGUUCAGUGGCACGAAUUGUCAGUAUGUAGCCCUCGAUACAA